UGCUCAGGGAGUGCGCAGCACGGCGAUCGGCGGUGCGCUGUGUCCCUCGGAGCCGAAGAUGUCGGCUCAGUCAUGUGUCCAAGCUGUGUCCAAUCACAGCUGAUCGCAUGGGACAUGUACACUGAUCAUUAGGGCACUGAUGAUCAGUGUGCCCCGAUGAUCAGUGUAGCCCCAGCAGUGCCACCUGUCAGUGUCCAUCAGUGCCUUGUGCCAGUGUCCAUCCGUGCAGCAUCAAUGCCACAUAUCAAUGCCUACCAGUGCACAUCAAUGCCACAUAUCAGUGCCCAUCUGAGCUGCCUUUCAGUGUCACCCAUCUGUGCCAGUUAGUGCCACCUAUCAGUGCUGCCAAUCAGUGCCACCUAUCAGUGCCAGUCAGUGCCGCCUGUCAGUGCCGCCUAUCAGUG